AUGCAGUCCAAAGGGCUCACGGCGAACUGGAGUUUCACUUCGACUGGGCCCGACCAUGCUACUGAAUAUACCGCUUAUUUGAAGAUUGGAAACGGCUCGCAGCCCGUGGCAUUUGGCAUUGGCACGACGCAGAACAAAGCGAAAGCCGAAGCGGCGCGGAUUUACGUUGAAUUGCAUAGCAUACCUUAG